GUUCAUGACAUUUUUCCUCUCUACCAAACAACAACAAACUUUCCCGGGAAAGUGUCAGAAAAAAAUGGGUUCUCUUCCUCAUGUCGUUGAAGAUUGCUUUGGUCUCCUCAAGCUCUACAGCGAUGGUUCCAUUUCUCGAAACCCUGAAGUCCCAUGCCCCACUCCUCUCCUCGACGACGACUCCGUCCUUUACAAAGACCUCCUUUUCGACGCCAAUUGGAACCUCCAUCUUCGUCUAUAUAAACCCUCCUCUUCCACUUCUCUUGAAAAGCUUCCGAUCCUAUUCUAUUUCCAUGGCGGAGGCUUCUGUUUCGGUUCCCGUACGUUCCCGCAUUUUCAUAACCUUUGUGUUCGCCUAACGAAGGCGUUUAACAUGCUCGUUGUCGCGCCAGAUCAUCGGCUAGCACCCGAGCACCGGCUACCCGCGGCCUCUGACGAUGCGUGUUUAGCUCUAAAGUGGCUGCAGGGACAAGCAGCCAUGCAUGGGAAGAAUGUUGAAGACGUGGAUACGUGGUUGACUGGGGUUGACUUUGACCGGGUGUUUGUUUUGGGAGACUCGUCUGGGGGCAACUUGGCUCACCAUUUGGCUGUCAAGCUGAAGGCUGGUUCAAUGGAGUUGGCAACGGUUAGGGUUCGAGGGUACGUGCUGGUGGCUCCAUUUUUUGGUGGGAGUGUGAGAACAAAGAGCGAGCUAGAGCAGCCAUGUGAAGCAUUUUGGAACUUGGAGAUGUAUGACAGGUUUUGGAGGCUAUCGAUACCUGUUGGAAGUACUUUGGAUGAUCCAUUGGUGAACCCUUUCGGGCCUUGUAGCCAAAACCUUGCGGAGGUGCCGUUGGAUCCCAUUUUGGUGGUAGUGGGUGGGGGUGAAAUAUUGAGAGAUAGGCUUGAAGAUUAUGCUACAAGGUUGAAACAAUUGGGGAAGAAGGUUGAAUUUGUGGAGGUUGAAGGCCAACAGCAUGGCUUUUUCACUGAUCAUCCUUUCUCCGAUGUGGCUGAGAAAGUAAUACAACGUAUACGAGACUUCAUCUUAGAUAACUCCAAUUGAAAGUCUUAUAUAUAGUGGUUUCUGAAUAAUGUGUGUUAUUUAGUAAAUUUCUUUUAUAUAUUUUUGGUGUAGAUAGAUAUUUUUUCGUGUUAUAUUGUAAAUCACUUAUCUCUUUUGAAAGCGUAACUCAUAUUUCAAAAAAGAA